GAUUUUGUUAGAAUCGUACAUACCUAAUCAAUUUUGUUUUAUACUGAAUGCUGUCAAAAAGCCCAUAAAUGGAAUCAGACUUCCCGAGCCCUGGUGGAGUUAAUGGGAUCAACUUAGCUAAUUACUUUCCUAAUCGGCGCUCAAACAACACUGUGGUAUACUUCCACAAAAGAUUUCUCCCAGACACAAAGGAAGAAAAAGUUCAAGAUAUUAAAAAAGAUAUCAAACCAAACAAUGUUAAGUGUAAAAAGAAAAAGACGAGCAAUAACAUAAAACAUGAUAAAAGCCAGAAACACAACAGCGAAACGGCAAACCAACAAACUUUCAAAUAUGAAAACAUAGAGGUGGUACCAUUCACCAAUUCAGCUUUAGAGCAGACAAUAAAAUUCUCUAAAAAUUUAGUGCCCCUCGUUAUACCCCAGCCAAAAGAAAGUUUGGAAUCGCCAGUUAUUUACACCGUUAAAACUUCGAGAAAGCAUAAAAAGCAAGAUAAAAAACGCGAAUGUAGCAUCGAAAAAGACGUAACAUAUAACAAAGAUCACUUGAAAAACUUUGAAGACAAAAAUAGAAAAAGACGCAAAGAAAAUUAUAGUGCACGAGAAUCUAUUGAUCCUUCUUCUCAAAACACUUUGGAUGAUAUACACAUAAACAUAAAUCAGUCGUGUUCUUUUUCGGAAUCGACUGAAGUAAAAUUUCACAAAAGAGAAUCAAGUAACAACAAGAUUAGCAACGAUAAUUCCCAAAAGUUUUUCAUUUCUAAUUCAUUCGAGGCUUUAGCCAACGGAUCUGUUUCUGACGGCAAUAAAAUUAAAAUUCAUUUGAUGAAUGAAACCGAUAAAACUCAAUUUAGGGAGAGUAUUAGGAAUCCAAUCGUCAAUACAAUUAGAGAUUACUUAUCACAGAUAAACGGCAAUGACAGUUUGAAUAACGACUUAAACACUGUUAAAAAAGUUUUGCUGAGUAACAGUCAGAAAUUGGACGAUAUUCUAGCCAAACUAGCAUGCAUAGAGAAAAAGAUUGAGAAUAAUGCUAAGCAGACAAACAAAACGCAAAAAACGCCACGUGUACAAUCAGCCAUGGCAUCUAAAUUGGAAGAACUAGGGCAAGAUAUAGUAGAAGUGAAAGAACAUGAGAUAUCAGAUGAAGAAGAUUUGACAGAAGAGUAUAAUAAUAUGCUUAGAAGACGAAGGAAUGGAGGGAAAAGCGUGGUGGUUGAGAUAAAGCCGAAAGAAAAAGAUGAUAAGAAGAAUGAAUCUCUAGCAUGUGGAGAAGAAGUUCCUGGUCCAUUGAAUGAGACGUCUUCUGUGAGUCAGUUGGGGAUUAAGCCUGAUCGUCCUAGUAGACUGCCGGCGAGGUUCUGCUGGACAGAUGUUGAUAGAAAAAAGUGAGAGGUACAAACUUUAGCAACUUGGUAAUAGAUUAUUUAAAAUUUUAAUUCUUAUAACUUAGUUUUAAUGUUUUUCUUACUUGGUCUUAUUUUAAUUGUUAGAUUUAUUAUAGGUUUCUGAU